AGACGCUGCGUCUGCCCACGCCAGGAUGCAAAGCAGAGAAAUGUUUCCGCCCGUGUGUCAUUUUCUGCUUUCAUGACUGCUGGAUGGUUCUAAAUUGGCUCUUUCAUGUUUUCUUUUGUUUCUCUUUACUUUUUUUUUUCUGUAUCUAAACGCUGAAGGGUGAGCUUUUUCCAUUUUUCUCCCUGGUGAUUAUUUUUUUGUGAGCGCACAGCAUGCGAGCAAAAGGGCUCGAGACUGUCGGAGACAGAGCCUGAGAUACACACAACACGUAUUGUGUGUGUGUCCCUACUGGACUACAUCUCGGACGAGAGUGGCUUUGGCGCCGUGAACGCAUCAUUUGCCAUCGCGAUGUCCAUCAGGAAGACAUCGUUGACGCAAAAGCAGUCUAAAAACGGGACUUCUAAAUAUGUGUUGGAGCGGUGCGCUUCUAUUAACGAGUAUUAUGAUAUUGCCUUCAAGGUGAUGCUGUUGGGAGACUCAUCCGUGGGAAAGACAUGCAUCUUGCUGCGAUUUAAAGACGGGGCAUUUGUGGGAGGCAACUUUAUUGCCACCGUUGGAAUAGACUUUAGGAAUAAAGUGGUAGAUGUCGACAACCUGAAAGUCAAACUCCAGAUCUGGGAUACAGCCGGUCAGGAAAGAUUCCGAAGCGUGACACACGCCUAUUACAGAGAUGCCCAAGCAUUACUUCUGCUUUAUGAUAUCACCAAUAAGCCAUCAUUUGACAACAUCAGGGCUUGGCUGAAUGAAAUACACGAGUAUGCCCAGAAGGAUGUGGUCAUCAUGUUGCUCGGCAACAAGGCAGACAUGGCCGCCGAGAGGGUGGUGAAAAAGGAGGAUGGGGAGAAGUUGGCUAAGGAAUAUGGGGUGCCAUUUAUGGAGACCAGCGCAAAGACAGGCAUCAACGUGGAGCUAGCCUUUCUAGCUAUCGCAAAGGAGCUGAAGCACAGAACCACCCAACAGCCAAACGAGCCCAAGUUCCAAAUACACGACUACAUCGAAUCUCAGAAGCACAAGACUGCUUGCUGCAGCCUUGUGUAGCUAAACCCAACACUGGGCCAGGAGACACACACGCACACGCGCAUUCAUGCACACACACUUAAAAAAAGGGGAUCAAGACAGAGGGAGGUGGGGUAGGAUAAGUAAAGCCAAUCCCGGCACUAAUCCUAAAAAGCGAGCAUCAAGCUCUUCUCCGCUCAAUUGAACGACAGUGAAUCCGAUUGCCGUCCCUUGUCGAAAAUGUGAAUAUCAUUCUGUAGAAAAUGUGUUGUGGUCUUUGUGGUGACAGUUGUGAUCAAACGGGGGGAAAAAAAAAAAAGCCAGGAUUUAUAAAACUAAGUUAUCUGCCGUCUGCAAGGACAAUGAGGAGCAUGUUUGCAGUGCGCUUGGUUUAGUUUUAUAAGAACAAUCAAUAUGAGCGUUGCUAGGGAAUAUAACAACUUUGUUUUCACGUCACUUUUUAGAGGCUGUGAACUGAAUCUCUUUUGGACUUUCAGUCUUUCUCUUUACUGAGUGUACAUAAACAGCCACAAAGUCGGACAUAUUCACGUGUGGAUAGCUGUUAGAAUAAAAUCAAUGUUGGAGGCCUCCUGCCCGUUUUGUGUUUGUGUCUGUACGUCAACUUGAGGGCCAUUUCUUGAAUUCCAUUCAAGAAUCUUUUCACUGUUGCACCAGAGAUUACUCGUAUUUCCUGCCCUGCUUCGAAAAUCUUCAAAACAUGUACAUUCUCAUUUCAUACGCACUCUGAAACGUAAACGUGUCUCUUUGAAUAAUGUUGUUGUGGAGACUGUGCAAAAUCUGUAAUGGUUCCAUGCACUGAGUUAUUCAAUGUCCAUUUUCAAUGUUUUUGGUCACAUUUGUUCCUUCUCGGAGGUGUCACGGUGAUCACAAAGUGCCAUGAAAAAGUGCUUGGUUAUCAUAUUAUAUAUAAAGUAUUUUUUGUAAUGUA